AUGCAGGACGGUCGUGCUCCCAGAAUCAAGAACCGGGCGCCUGCUGCCGCGCAAGAGAGGCAAGAAACGGCGUUUCGGGCUCCGAAGCAGCGGGUGGAAAACUUUGAAGAGCUCGAUGAGUACCGUGGUCGGAAACGUGAAGAGUUUGAGGAACGGGUCAGGCGUAAUAGAGGUAGUGUAAAGGAAUGGUUACAAUAUGCCAAUUGGGAGGCCUCCCAAAACGAGUUUGCACGAUCUCGUUCUGUGUUUGAGAGGGCUUUGGAUGUGGACCCAAGCUCGAUCCAGAUUUGGCUGUCGUACACGGAGAAGGAGCUGAAGAACCGCAACGUUCAGCAUGCCAGGAAUUUGUUUGAUCGUGCUGUGACUCUUUUGCCCCGUGUUGAUCAGUUGUGGUACAAGUAUGUGUACCUGGAGGAGCUGUUGGGUAAUGUCAGUGGAGCACGGCAGGUUUUUGAGAGGUGGGUGAAGUGGGAGCCGGAUGAGAAGGCAUGGAUGGCGUAUAUUAGAUUUGAGGAGCGCUAUCAGGAGAUGGAGAGGGUUAGUGCGCUGUAUGAGAGGGUGGUUGCUGUUAGCCCGGAGGUGAAGACUUGGAUUAGGUGGGCCAGGUUUGAGGAGGAGAGAGGGUGUGCUGAGAAAGCGAGGGAGGUGUUUAGGACUGCGGUGGAGUUUUAUGGUGAGGAGCCUGAGGAUGUUGAGAGGGCACAGGGUUUGUAUGCUGCUUUUGCGAAGAUGGAGACUAGGCUUAAGGAAUAUGAGAGGGCGAGGGUCGUGUACAAGUUUGCUCUGGACCGGAUACCUCGCUCUAAAUGUGCUGCGUUGUACGAUGCCUACACCAAGUUUGAAAAGCAGCACGGUUCCACUACUGAUUUGGAAGCAUCUGUCAUCGCUAAACGCCGCAUUCAGAACGAGGAAGAGGUGCAGCGUGAUGGUAGGAAUUACGAUGUCUGGUUCGAUUAUGUGAAUUUGGAGGAGGGAGUUUGGCAGUCACUGCGAGAAGAAGGAUUUUCGGCGGGUGAACGGGAUGAGCAGGGUCGAAGAGUAGAAGAGGUCUAUGAGCGUGCCAUUGCCCUAGUUCCUCCGGGAGAUGAGAAACGACAUUGGCGGAGGUAUAUAUAUUUGUGGCUCCGGUAUGCCUUGUUUGAGGAGGUGGAACGGAAGGACUAUGAACGAGCUCGGGAAGUUUACAAGACGGCUAUCUCUGUGGUUCCCCACCAAAAGUUCACCUUUACGAAACUUUGGUUAAGUUUUGCCAAGUUUGAGGUUAGGAUGCUUGAGUUGGGUUCGGCGCGCAAGAUUCUUGGUACGGGAAUUGGACUUUGUCCGAAGCCUUCGUUGUUCAGGGGUUAUAUCGAUCUGGAAAUUGAGGUAUGGGUAAUGUUUGUUUGUCGUUUAGCUUCGGGAGUUCGAUCGUGCGCGUACGCUUUACGAAAAGUACUUGGAGUACGACCCCACCGAUUCGACCGCCUGGGUCAGUUGAGUCCGCAUGUCAAGGUUUGGGUGUCGUAUGCCCUUUUAGAGGCGCAGGAUAUUACGGUCAUUGUGGAGAUGGAUGAUGGAGAGGAGAGGGAGGGAAGUGCGUCAUGGGAACCCGGGUCUUGCGCGGCAGGUUUUCCAGAGAGGCGCGCCACGUUGUUGGAGGUCUGGGAAUUGUUUGAAGGUACCCAUGGAACGGUGGAGGAUUUGAAGAAGGUUAGGCUGAUGAAGCCCACGGCUGGCGCACGUCGGGUGGUCGAUGAUGCGGGGGUUGUGACCUACGAUGGCCCGGGCUUGGAAAGAGUCACAGGAACAGACGUCGAUUGUGGACUCUGUGUCCGUGCAGAUGGAUGA